GCGGGCAGGGGCGGGACGGGACCGGACGGCGCGGGGAGCGCGGAGCCCCGGCCCGGUCCGGUCCGGUGUCCGGUCCGGAAUGCGCCGCAGCGCCCGGGAACAUGGGCCGGCAGAGCCCGCCGCGCAACGGCGUCGGUGGCCACGACUUUGAUGCUAAGAAGAAAAGAAAAGUGGCAGAGAUUUACCAGGCUCUGAACAGUGACCCCAUCAAUGUGGCAACACUGAGGCGGAUGGCAAUCAGUGAGGGCGGGCUGCUCACGGACGAGAUCCGGUGCAAAGUGUGGCCAAAGCUGCUCAGUGUUAAUACAGACGACCUGCCCCCUCUUCCAGCAAGGAAGGAGCUGCGAGAGGACAAUAAGGAUUACCAGCAAGUGUUACUGGAUGUGCGGCGAUCUCUGCGCCGCUUCCCACCAGGGAUGCCAGAUGACCAGAGGGAAGGAUUGCAGGAGGAGCUCAUCGAUAUCAUCCUCCACGUCCUCCAGCGCAACCCCCAGCUGCACUACUACCAGGGAUACCAUGACAUCGUGGUCACCUUCCUCCUGGUGGUGGGGGACAGGCUGGCCACAGCACUGGUGGAGAAGCUCUCAACGCAUCACCUCAGGUACUCAGUGGGAGGAGAGAGCCAACUGGGUGUCCUCAGGCUGUGGAGACACCUGUGCAGGGAUUUUAUGGACUCAACGAUGGAUAAUACCAAGCACAUUUUAAAUUACCUGAUGCCCAUCAUAGACCAGGUGAACCCUGAGGUGCAUGACUUCAUGCAGAGUGCGGAGGUGGGAACCAUCUUUGCUCUCAGCUGGCUGAUCACCUGGUUUGGCCACGUUUUAUCUGACUUCCGGCACGUUGUGCGAUUAUAUGACUUCUUCCUGGCUUGUCACCCGCUGAUGCCCAUUUAUUUUGCAGCUGUGAUCGUGCUGCACCGGGAGCAGGAAGUUCUGGACUGUGAGUGUGACAUGGCCUCUGUCCACCACCUCCUGUCCCAGAUCCCACAGGACCUUCCUUAUGAGUCUCUGAUCAGCAAAGCCGGGGACCUUUUUGUCCAGUUUCCACCUUCUGAACUCGCCAAGGAGGCAGCUCAGGCAGCUCAGGCGGAACGAACUGCAGCUUCCACUUUUAAGGACUUUGAGUUGGCAUCAGUGCAGCAGAGACCAGACACUGUGUUGAGGCAACGCUUUAGAGAGCGGCUCCGAGGGGAGGAGCGCCUCCGAGGGGAGGAGCGGACAAAAUCCAUCUUGACAAAGCCCCGGACCAACCGCUUUGUCAAGCUGGCAGUGAUGGGGCUGACGGUGGCACUGGGAGCAGCUGCCCUGGCUAUGGUGAAGAGCGCAUUGGAGUGGGCACCCAAGUUUCAGCUGCAGAUUUUCCCCUGAAGCUGGAGGAAGGGCCUUUGCUGUCACUGAAUCCAUCCCCAGCAGGAAGGGCUGAUGUGCGGUGAAGGACGUGUCCAGAACCGACCUGUCUGAAGAUUAUUUUUUAUUCUUACUGCAUCCAGUAACGCUUUUGGCCUCUGUGACAGAGGCUGAGGGAGCCAGCCAAGCAGGACUGUUCCUCACACCAUGCUCACCUUGUUCCCCUCUCCCUGUGCAAGGGUGAGCAGAUAGGCACUCCUGCUGUCUCCUGAGGAACCAGAGGUAUGGACAAAUUUGGCUGUUCAGGCUGUGCUCAGGCGACUCUACAGAGGGAGAGCUGUGUGUGGGCUGUGCCCAAAUGAUUCUGUGUUCUCUGUGGGAAAAACUAGUGGGAGUGAGAGCAGAUCUUCGCCUGGAGGAGUGUCCAACAGGGUUUGUUCUGGGUGCUUGCAUGUGUGAGGGUAGGGGGCAUUGCAUUCCAGAGAAACAGGGCAACCCUUUGGCUCUUCAUUGCUCCAGUGUGCCCCACGAUCUGCCUUCAGCUUUGCUGGUGCUCCAGCUCUUCCCUGUCCUCUGGGCACCCUCUGAGCAGAGCCAAACCUUUCCCACACCCUGGCCAGCACAAUGCUGUGAGCUUCUCUUCAGUGUGUAACACUCCCUGGCUCUUUUUGCUUCCACAUCUUUGCAGCCUGAUCUGUUUGUAGGGGCCAGGAGCAGAACUUAGGUCCCCCCAGCUCUCAGGCACUGCCACUGCUGUGCUGGGAGUACCAUGACCAUAUCUGGGGUCAGUGACAUGAGCACGACUGUGGUCACCCUGCCAAGGGUGUGUACUGUCAUGUGCCAGGUUAUGCUACCACAAGUCUUAGUGCCAUUGAAAACACCCAUUGCAGACUUCUUUAAUAGCUCUGGAAAUGGACAUUAACAUGCCCACAGGGAAAAAGGCUUUCUCCACCUUGUGAAACACUUUACACAGGAUAAAAGUUGUUGCACUUGGAAAUGUGACAAAAACCUCCCCCACAAGCUGAUCAGGCUUCAAAAUGACCUCUGGAAAUAACAUGAGGGGUUUGCCAUAAAGGCCACCCUGACCCCUGCAUUGGUCCCAUCUCCCCACCAGUUCUAUUGGCAGUCCCAGCGCUCCCUGCCCCUGCCCUCCAAGCUAAGCAGCAAAUCCUUCUAGACAACUCAGUGUCCCACUGAGACAGAGCCAAUAGACACUCUAUGCCUCUACCUCUCCCCCAAGCUGCUAAAUCUCCCUCAAGUGUCCUUACCUGUCCCUCACGCCCCCCUCCCGCUGCCCCAUCAUUGCUCUGUUGUGCCCAAAGCCAUCUGUGCCAUGCCCAGGGGCUGCACACCUGAAAAGGAGGUGUUGGUUGAAGGGAUUUUGGGAUAGAGAAGAAAACUCAUGCCCUGCAAAGCUCAGCACCCCCCACUCCCACCCAUCUUAGUCCAUAACUGCCCUGGGUGUGUUCUGGUCUGCCCCACGGGCCCUUGCUCAUGGAAGGGAUGUGCCUUUCUGGCCAGAGGGCAGGUGGGCAGUUUUCAUUCCUGACUUGUGUUCCCAUGUAGCUCUGAGCAGGAGUUCCCUUUGCCUCUGCAGGUGAAAUGUGGAGUGAGUGAAACUGCCCUUGUCCAGGCAGGCAGCAAGACCUGUUCCCUCCUCUCCUCAAUAGUGCCAGUGGCCUUGGAGAGACCUGGGGCUGCUCAGCGGGCUCCUCCCAGUGUGGCUGAAGGCAGAGCCCAUUCCUGACCCCUUGGCACCCCCACAGCAGCAGAGCAGGAUUGGGGGCUGGGUCACUUAGCACUUUAGAAACCAUUGGUGCAGGAGAGUGUGGGAAUACUGCUGGAGGGCCCAGGACUGCUCUGUACGCUACACUGAAGGAGGUGAUGGCUGGAGCCCCCCAGGAGGAGCCCCUGCAGCCCCUCCAUUCCCUGGCCAUGAUGCACUUUAGUUCUUGUGUUGUCCCCAGUGUGGGGAGAAGGGCGUGGGAGGAGACCAGGGUGCUUCAGUUACUCUGUACAAAGACUUAUACACCACCUGUAAAUGCAGAUUUCUACAAGCCCUAAAACUGUAAAAUAAACAGUUACUAAACACA